GACGGCCGAUCAUCGGGAGGGGAGCUUGGGAGCAAAUAUCAAAGCUUUAUUAUUAUACUACCUAGGUAAUUGCCAAAUGUAGGCCAUAUUCACAGCGAUACACUACUCAACUUACUUCAACUGCAAACACCCGGUAUACCACUACACACAUAGGGUUCUUCAAGCACAAUUGACAAUCCUAUUCUUCAUUGAUCACACACAAACAAUAUCAAAACGCUUCAUCAUGAGGGUCACUCCCCCUCUUUCCAAGGGCUUCUUUGGCCGAAGUGUAGAUGAGUUUAAACGUUUGUCAAUAAGUGCACUCACUGCAGAAGGCACAAGAAGAGCUACAUCUCCAUUGCAUCUCGCAAAUUUCCACAGUCCCGAGUCUCUGAAACGCUGUAAAGUCUUCUCUGAUGCUGAUACGGGAGGCUUUUCAAAAGUGCAUUUCGACUGGGUACCCCCCUCCGAUAACCCAAACCCUAGCCCUUCCGAAAACAAGAAUGGGCAUGUUAAGUUCCAUGGAAAUAUUUCAAUAGACCUACCCCCGAACAGGCCCCAAAUACAGCGAAGUGGCUAUGCGGCUUGGAGGACUCUUGAUCAGCCAUCGACGAUAUUCGGGAAAUCACUAUGGAACAUAGAUGCGUAUGGACUGCUUGCCCUACGCAUCAAAAGUGACGGGAGGAAGUAUUUUGUGAACAUACAAACGGAAUCAAUUGUGCCUACGGAUAUACAUCAACAUAGGCUAUACGCACGAAGCCCCGGAGAGUGGGAAACAGUUUUAAUUAAGUGGAAUGAGUUUGUACGGACGAACCAUGGUGUUGUCGUAGAACCGCAAGGUGAAAUGUUGAGACAAAAGGUACGGACGGUAGGGAUAGGAUUAAUUGAUAGAGUUCCUGGUGAUUUCCAGCUUUGUGUGGAAAGGAUUUGGGCCACCAAUGGAUUGAGUGAAGCGGAUCUCGAAGAGGAUGGCAGAAAGGAAGAAGGUCAAUUGAAGAGCAAACAUGGCGAGAAAAUCAGAUGGGGUGAAGAUAAAUUUGACAAGACUACUUCAUGACCAAUUUCAUAAUCAAGUCAAUGGAUUCGAUCGAAUUCAGAUUGAUCUGGCUCAUUAUACCCAUUGGAGCCAGAGUUUCUGCUGCAUCUACGCAAUGACGUCCCUCCCAAAUGUCUUUGCUUUGCGCGUUGUAUUACUAGGUUGUGAAUUGAAUCUACUCAAUUAUUCA